AUGUGCUCUUUGGUUUUGCAGAACCCUCUUACUUCUUUUUUUGAGGGAGCAGCCACAGCGUACGGUAUCGGCUUCACGGAGGUGAGGUGGGAUCAGUGGGGGGAGCUGGCUCUCGGGGGUUUCUCUGGCCUCGGAGCAGCAGCACUCUUCCUCAUGACCUUCAUCAGAAACAUCUGGGUCUGCUACGCCGGAUACAUCGUAUUCAAGUGCCUGUACAUGCUGCUGAUAACAAUAGCCAUGUACCAGAUUGCAGCCGACCUGACGAUGGAGAGGUAUGCUCUGGUGUUUGGAGCGAAUAACUUUGGAGCGUUGGCUCUGCAGACCAUCAUCACCUCUGUGGUGGUGGACAGCAGAGGGCUGGGCCUGGGCAUCAUUCCUCAGUUCACCAUAUACGCCAGCUACUUCUCACUCAUCGCUGUCGUUUUCUCACUUCGGGGACUUUUUACCAUUUGGAGAAGCGACAAAGAGCCCACUGCUGCCGUCAGAAAUGACGACACCUUAUCCGUUUAUGCUUCAAGCCUUGCACCUUAUCUGUAAAUAUUGAUCUUAUAUGAAUGAAAAAGCUUGACGACACAAAUUCUGAAACUUUGCAGAGUUAAAAGCUUCAAAUUACUGACUGCAACACCAUGAAUAUAAAUCUUUUUUUUUUUUUUUAUAUAUAUAUA